AUGUUAAUUAUCGAUAUUCGGCGUCCAUCUCACGGCGGGAAUAAGCAGGAUUCCCAGGGCCAUGGGGAUGGAUAUUACCCCAGCUUCUGGGCACGCGGGGAGGGGGGUUGUCCGGGGGCUGUGAUUGCGAGGGGCGGCGAGGCGAAGAUCAGCGCUCGCGAUAGUGGCGAGCGGGAGGAGGAGCAGGUGGACCAGCGAGGGCGGCGGGAGCGGCUUCAGCCGGCUCCAGGGACGGAACAGUCGAAUGCUAUUCAGAUGGGAGUUAAGAGGCAGGAAACGUACAUGGAUCACGACACGGCGACCGGAUUCCUCCAAACGAGCCCGCAGACGAGCCUCCACGAGAGCCUCCACACGAGCCUCGAACUGAGCCUCCAUGCGACCCUCCGAACGAGCCAUCUCUAUCGCGUGCUGGGCUUCCAUGGCGCGGCGAAAGCGCUGGAAAUCACACUGAUUAUUGCCAGCGCCUAA